AUGUUAGACAUUAACGUUGUAAAAUCCUCGUUUGACGGUCUGAUCACCGCUUACGAUUCAUACACCGGAACCGUCUUAGCUCGCUUCAACAGCGGGCAAUGCCCGCGUAACGGCAUAACGGUAGUCGGAGACAAUCAAUUCGCUAGCUCUCAUGUUUCACCGGAGACCGGUGUCGGCUCUAUUCAUCUUUAUUACUGGUGGUCACCCUCUUGUACACAAAAUAUUACUCUACCAGAACCGGUAGCACCACUUGCUGCUUCUGUUGAUGGAUCAUACUUAUUUUCCGGUGGAGUUUCCGGUCGAAUUCAUUCGUUAAUGGUGCCGUCAGGCGAGCUAAUCCGGUCUUUUCCUGCUCAUCAGAAAUCGAUAUCGUGCAUUGCGAUCAGUUGUGAUGAAUCGUUGAUUCUUUCGGGGAGUGACGAUGGAACAAUCGCGGUUACUCCUAUACUCAUGCUUUUGGAUUCUUCUAUUGAGACAGAAUCGAAAACUGUUAAGAGGUUUGUCGGACAUGAUUUAUCGGUGACCGGAAUAGCCACCGGGAUGGGGAGAUCAGAUGGCAUUAUGAUCUCUAGCUCCUUGGACUGGACUUGCAAGGUGUGGUGCGUCGCGACUGGGACCCACCUCCAGACGGUGAAGUUCCAUGGCGAGAUAUGGUCCAUGGCAUUGGACCCGUCUGAGACAGAGUUGUACGCUGCCGGAACAGACGGGUUGAUAUACAAAAGAAAGCUUAAAGUAGAGACGCGAAAACAGGUUGCACGAGGAGGAGAAACGGUCGUGUGGGGAGCAAUGCACGACGGGGCAGUGGUGGCCAUGAUGAUGUUAAAUUAUGGGAGAACACUUUUGACAUUUUCUGAGAAUGGAAGCAUUUGUGCAUGGGAAGUGGAUAGUGGUAGAAUGUCAAGUAGUUUUGUUGAGAAGGUUGGUUGUGGCGUUAGCGGCGUUGUGGUGGUGAAACGAGGUGGUGGUUUUGGAACAAGAUGGAUUGAAAAUGGGGAAACCGGUGGUUAUGGUGGUGGGAAGGAGUUGGGUAAGGCGGCUAAGGAGGCGGCCGAAAUGGAAGAGGCGUUAAAGGUGGUGGUGGAAGAUCGUAGACGAGCGAUUAGCCAUCUUGAAUCGGCGAUUGAGAUUAAUGAAAAACUGCUUAAUAUCAUGCUCAAAGAAGCCGAUGCAAUUUCCAAAUUUGAAACCAUAACAUAA